AUAAAGUGGUGAUCCUAACUGACCUAAAACAUAAUUAUUUUUACUAGGAUUAAAUGUCAGGAAUUGUGAAAAACUGAGUUUAAAUGUAUUUGGCUAAGGUGUAUGUAAACUUCCGACUUCAACUGUAGCCUCGCUAUUGUUAUUUUACUGCUGCUCUUUAAUUAUUUAUUAGUUUUAUUUCUUAUUUUUUAAGGUAUUUUUCUUAACUGCAUUGUUGGUUAAGGGUUUGUAAGUUAGCAUUUCACUGUAAGGUUGUUGUAUUGUUGUAUUCGGCGCAUGUGACAAAUACAAUUUCAUUUGACUUUAUUUACCUAAUUCUUGAAUCAACACAUAUGGAAAAAAAUAUAUAAUAAUAAACUCUAAUGGCUACAUAUUGUUAGGUAUUUGAAUGAAAGGGUUAGAGAUGGGCUUUACUGUGGUUAACAUUUUAUAACAUGUCACAUUUCUGUGUGUACAGCAAAGAGUUUCUUCUAUAACGCCUUCAUACUUUUAUGUUCAAUUUGUGUUUACAGUCUGCAGUCCAUGAGGACCUGCUGAUAUCCGGUGUUGCUGGUGGGAGAGAGUGGACCUCUGAAGCAGCUGGUCACAAAUCCUGACCCUUGGUCAGAACCAGUCACUCUUCCUUGCCGAGUCAGAACCAGGACCGAACCACGAGGGUCAGUGCAGGACCGGAGCAGGGCCUGGGGCUAAUAGGGAUAGACCAUCCUGUUUCCAGGGUUCCAGGGUGUUAAACACAAGAGGUACCUAGCCUAUAACACAGCACACAAUCCCAACAACACCCAAACAAUGGCUCGAGGUCAAGGAGGGAGCUCAAAGACUAACCACCUGACUGAGGAUGGUGGCUCCUGUUUCUACCUCCUCUGGUGUCAUUGGGUCACAACGUGGGAGACCCAGCGUUAGGACGGACGCCAACAAGCAGUAGUAUGCCUGCCCAACGUGUGGAAAGGGCUUCGCUUAGGCAAACUACACUACAUGACCAAAAGUAUGUGGACACCUGCCAGUCAAACAUCUCAUUCCAAAAUCAUCUAAUAUGGAGAUGGUCACCCCUUUGCUGCUAUACAAUAGCAUUAGUGAAGUCGGGCACUGAUAUUGGCCGAUUAGGCCUGACUCGCAGUCAGCGUUCCAAUUCAUCCCAAAGGUGUCAGAUGGGAUUGAGGUCAUGUGCAGGCCAGUCAAGUUCUUCCACACCAAUCUUGACAAACCAUUUCUGUAUGGACCUUGCAUUGUGCACGGUUGCAUUGUUAUGCUGAAACAGGAAAGGGCCUUCCCCAAACUGUUGCCACAAAGUUUGAAACACAGAAUCGUCUAGAAUGUUAUUGUAUGCUGUAGUGUUAAGAUUUCCCUUCACUGGAACUAAGGGGCCUAGCCCGAACCAUGAAAAACAGCCCUAGACCAUUAUUCCUCCUCCACCGAACUUUACAGUUAGCACUAUGCAUUCGGGCAGGUAGAGUUCUCCUGGCAUCCCCCAAACUCAGAUUCAUCUGUCGGACUGCCAGAUGGUGAAGCGUGAUUCAUCACUCCAGAGAACACGUUUCCACUGCUCCAGAGUCACGGCUGAGCCGUUGUUGCUCCUACAUUUUUCCACUUCACAAUAACAGCACUUACGGUUGACUUACGGUGCCACAUUGAAAGUCACUGAGGUCCUCAGAAAGGCCAUUCUACUGCGUAUUGUCUAUGGAGAUUGCAUGGCUGUGUGCUUGAUUUUAUACACCUGUCAGUAACGGGUGUGGCUGAAUUAGCCGAAUCCACUAAUUUGAAAGGGUGUCCACAUACUUUUGUAUAUAAAUCAAAUCAAACGUUAUUUGUCACAUGCGCCGAAUACAACAGGUGUAGUAGACCUUACCAUGAAAUGCUUACUUACAAGCCCUUAGCCAACAAUGCAGUUCAAGAAAUAGAGUUAAGAAAAUAUUUACUAAAUAAACUUAAGUAAAAAAUAACAAUAAUGUGGCUAUAUACAGGGGGUACCGAGUCAAUGUGCGGGGGUACAGGUUAGUAGAGGUAAUUUGUACAUGUAGGCAGGGGUAAAGUGACUAUGCAUAGAUAAUACAUGUAAAUAGUCCAGGUGGCCAUUUGAUUAAUUGUUCAGCAGUCGUAUGGCUUAGGGGUAGAAGCUGUAAGGAGCCUUAUAUAGUGUAUUUACUGAACAAAAAUAGAAAAUGCAACAUGCAAGAAUUUCAACGAUUUUACUGAGUUACAGUUCAUAAGGAAAUCCGUCAAUUUAAAUAAAGAAAUUAGGCCCUAAUCUAUGGAUUUGACAUGACUGGGCAGGGGCGCAGCCAUGGGUGAGCCUGGGAGGUUAUAGGCCCACCCACUUGGAAGCCAGUAGUGAUGGGUCGUUCGCGCACGAGUCGGCUCUUGGCUCUUGUAGGUGAACGUUGGGAGCCGGCUAGCAUAUCAGAAGAGCCUAAUCUAUUUAUAAAAAAUAAAAUAUGAAUAAUCAAAAGAUUUAAAUGAAUAAAAUUAACUAAUUCAAAGAAAGAAAAAAUAAAUAAAAUAAUAUAGGCCUAAAUGCUCAAGCGCACACAGAUUCGUUCUGACUGUGCUCAGACUAACAGCCUCACCUGUUGUUCCUGUCAAUCAAUGAACCAAUGAACCAAACAUGCAUGAGGGAGGGCCAAGCCAACUCACUCACAGUCACACACUUAGCAGCCGAGGAGAGAGAGGAAGGACAGCUGUGAAAACAACAGCUGGAAAAUGAGUCAGAAGCACAGUAGCAUUUGGAUGCAUUUUAAUAAUGUAGACAAUGUUAGAGCACCAUGUAGAAUUUGCCAAAACAAAAUCACAUAUAAAGCCGGUUCUACGCACAACCUACACCGGCAUAUGCGAACUGUGCACCCAACUGUGAAGCUAUUUGUAGAGGAGCUUCGAGGAACUAGCGGGCCAAGUAGAUGGAAAAGUGGUCUGUUGUGUUAGCGACAAUGCAGCUAACAUAACCAAAGCCAUGAACAUUUUUAAAUGGACCCAUCAUCCAUGUCUUGCCCACACAAUCAACCUGAUUGUAAGAGAUGCUCUGAAGGUGAUAAAGCCCACGGUGGACAAAGUGAAAGCAGCUGGGGAAUACUUCCACAGGAGAACAGUAUGUGCUGAAAAACUAAAGUCUACACAAAGCCAGAUGGGUAUGAGCUGAGCUGAGGCCAAGACUCCACUACAAGGUGGAAUUCAACAUUUUAUAUGUUGAAGCGGUUUCUUGAAUCAAAUGAUGCCAUCAUCUCUACCGUGGCCAUUGUCAAUGCACCUGUUGAUGCUCUGACCCAAGAGGAAUGGGAGGUGGUGGAACCCUUUGAGCAGGUCACUGUGGAGAUCAGUGCAGAGUCCUGGAACCCUUUGAGCAGGUCACUGUGGAGAUCAGUGGAGAGAGCUAUGUGACAGCCUCAAAAAUGAUACUCCUGUGUAAGGGUCUGCAGCGAAUCACAGCCAGCCGCCAGAGAGAAGCAAAUGUAACCACAGGACAUGUGACAAAGUUGUUGGACACCCCAUGUUCAUCAAUAGACAGAAAGUUCCACAGAAUGGAAUAUAAUCACGUGCUAUCAGAAACCGCUGCACUUGACCCCAGGUUUGAGAAGUUAGCCUUCAGUGAUGCCAGCGCGAUUGAUGAGGCUCUUCAAACAAACCAAUGCAUUUUUAAAUACAUUGUGGGUAAGGUGGCUCUUUUUGUGGGUAAGGCUAGCUCUAUUUGGGGAGCUGAGCCAAACGAGCCGGCUCACUGGAAAGAGCUGGAAUGCCCAUCACUAGAAGCCAGGCCCAUCCUCUGGGGAGCCAGGCCCAGCCAAUCCAAAUGAGUUUCUCCCCAAAAAAGGGCUUUAUUACAGACAGAAAUACUCCUCAAUUUCAUCAGCUGUCCGGGUGGCUGGUCUCAGAUGAUCCCACAGGUGAAGAAGCCGGAUGUGGAGGUCCUGGGCUGGCGUGGUUACACGUGGUCUGCGGUUGUGAGGCUGGUUAGACGUACUGCCAUAUUCUCUAAAACGACGUUGGAGGUGGCUUAUGGUAGAGAAAUUAACAUUACAUUCUCUGGCAACAGCUCUGGUGGACGUUCCUGCAGCCAGCAUGCCAAUUGCACGCUCCCUCAAAACUUGAGACAUCUAUGGCAUUGUGUUGUGGACAGAACUGCACAUUUUAGAGUGGCCUUUUAUUGUCCCCAGCACAAGGUGCACCUGUGUAGUGAUCAUGCUGUUUAAUCAGCUUCUUGAUAUGCCACACCUCUCAGGUGGAUGAAUUAUCUUGGGAAAGGAUAAAUGCUCACUAACAGGGAUGUAAACUAAUUUUUUUGAACAACAUUUCAGAGAAAAAAUGCUUUUUGUGCAUAUGGAACAUUUCUGGGAUAUUUUAUUUCAGCCCAUGAAAAAUGGGACCAACACUUUACAUGUUGCGAUUAUAUUUUUGUUCAGUAUAAAUGCAUAUUCCCAUGAAACUGAUUGAGAUCAAAUAAAUAGUUGUCAUGGAGAUGCAGUUUGGACGUUUCACCAGUAUAAGGUCACAAAUUAUCAUACAUGAUUGACAGCGAUGGCCUGUUUUGAAAUGAGGUAUUCCUAACUUGGGGAUUUAAAAAUAUUAACUUUUGAGACAAUAGGGUGUGUUCGUAAAUUCAAUCUGGAAUGCAAAAGUGUGCUCUAGGUGUUCAUAAAUUCAGAGGGUUUCGCUCUGGAGCGUUCACACUGGACGCUCUGGCCGAGGAGUAGAGUUGAUCCGAGCAUUCUGACCUCACAACGGCAGUAAUGCACCCAAGCUAACGUUGCCUACCUUGCUAGCUACUUCCAGACACAAAUGAGAGAACACCUCACUCUGACCAUUUUACUUGCCCUAGCAGAGAUGGUUAGGCUGUUUUCCUUUUAUCCAGAGCGUUGGUGACUAAAUCUGUUGCUGGCAACAAUUUAAUUACGCCUUUUUUUUGCCUACGUUUACUGACAUCCGCCAUAUUCAACGGGUGUUGAGCGUUCGUAAAUUCAUCAGUUAUUCUGCGCUCUGACACACUCAGACGAGUGCUCUGAACUCGGAGUAGAUAGCCAGAGUGAAUUUACAAACGCACCCAUAGUGUGGGCAUGGGCAGACGUUCCAAUUGGAGGAUGCAGUUUAUGCAUAUUCUAUAAACUGUCGGUACAAACGUUGAUUGAAGAAAAUUAUUACGUCAUUGGCAUAUUUUUUUGGGGGCGCUCCCUCACCUAAAAAAAAUUGCACAACACAACUACUUGUAACCUUAACGUUUUUUCAACAGACUAUCGUAUUUGUUGAUUUAAUCCGACGUUAUUCAUAUAAUGAGUAAUCUAGGAAUGUCACGAGAAAACAGCAACUCCACAGAUCGCAAUGACACUCUAUAAGCAGUACCGUAUUUCAAAGAACAGCGGCGCGCAUACCUUUUUCAUUUAACCACACCAUUUGAUAUGACGCCUACCAAUAAGAUCUUUUCUCUUUAGUGUAAACGGAAGUGAUCAAAAACUAUUUCCACGUUAGCAUUGUUAUUUAGACGUUUAUUAUCAUCAUAGAACUCAAUAUCAGUCCUUUAACUGUAUAAUGUCGUUUUUAAUUCGCGUUGAUACCAGGACUUGGUUAAUAGAUAGUAUUUAGGUAACGCUAACUAGGUAUAGUAGCUGAUCACGUUAGCUAACAAUGGCUAACUGCAACGAUAUGGUUUUUCACACUCAAAUAGCCUCCAUUAUGGAGGUGCUAGCGAAUGCAGCCGUGGCAGAGAUCUGUAAACUCGUAGACGACGACUAUGCAGUGUUUCGUUUGGAAAUAACUCAAAGCCAGAAAGAAAACAGGACAUUGCGGAGGAAACUACAGCUACUGGAACUGAAGGUGGCACGGGAGCGCGCAGAGGGGACAAUGCGAGAGCGCGCCCUCGCCAGUCAUAGCAGUAGUGUCAAGUUCCUCGACCGACACAGAGGAAUGGCAAGAGGUGAAGGAAGUCUCACUGAAGGCCACAGGAGCUUUGUGAAGCAAAUGAAGCACAAUUCAGAGAGAGAUGACCAACCAAUCAAUGUUGAUGAGGGGAGUGGAACCUCAACCCAGCACGUUAUCAUGAUAGAGUCUGCAGAUGCAGAUACUGCAGGUCCUGGGGUCAAGAUGGAGAGGUCUGAAGGAGAGGAAGACCCACGGCACAGCACAGACAUCCAGACUGGAAUGCCCUCUGUAGCCAUGGAGGACACCACCACCGCCCCAGCACAGCCCAGGACCCGUAGCAGCAUCACUGAGUCAGUAGACAUGGAGGAUGGGAAGCCUGAUCUGCUGAUAGUCAAAGAGGAGACGAUAGAGGACGAACCAGAGCGCAUUGAUCUGCUGAGUGGACUAAAGAUGGGGGCGCAAGGAGACUGGGUGGCCAUCUUGGAUACCCAGACCGGUGUAGCCAAGAGCCCAGGGGAAAACAUCAUUGAUCAGGGCAGGACCAGAGGCGAUAUAGUGGAGUCUGCAGCCCAUGAAGACCUGUUGAUAUCCAGUGUUACUAGUGGGAGAGAGUGGACCUCUGAGGUGGCUGGCCAUAAACCCUGGCCCCGGAUCAGGACCCUGGAUCAGGAGCCUUCGCUCUUCCUUCCCGAGUCGGAACCAGGACACAACCGCGAAGUACAGAGACUCCACCACAUAGAAAACAACCAGUGGUCAGGUGGACUGAACAACCUCAGUCCUGGUGGUCAUCAGAGAGACAGGGGCUCCAGUCAGGGAUCCAGUCUGCAGCACAGACCCUUCUCUUCACAGUCUCAGUGCAGGGAUGAAGCAGGGCCUGGGGCUGAUAGAGAUAGACCCUCCUGUUCCUAUGAUACAAACACCACAGUAUCCAUGAUGAACAGAGCAGGUCAGCCUGGGCUUCAACCUUCACAGAGAGUGGUGGGAGACCCCCCUGGUGGUAGUCUAUCAGCAAGUCUGUCUUCUCCUUCAGGUUCUCAUCUAAUGCCUUGUGACUGGGUUCAAAGAAAGCCUGGGCCUGGACCUGGGUCUAGCCUUCCUCAGUUACCUCAUGGUUACCCUACAAAUACAGACAGGGUCAGGAUGGGUGUUCAACACGAGAGGUACCUAGCCUAUAACACAUCACAUAAUCCCAACAACACCCAAACAAUGGCUAGAGGUCAGGGAGGGAGCUCAAAGACUAACCAUCUGAUGGUGGCUCCUGCUUCUGCCUCGUCUGGUGUCAUUGGGUCACAACAUGGGAGGCCGAGCGUUAGGACUGAUGCAGAAAAGCCGUAUGCCUGCCCCACAUGUGGGAAGAAUUUUGCUAAAGCAAAAUAUGUGAAGCAGCACCAGACCAUUCACACCAAUGAGAGGCCCUUCAAGUGCAAACUAUGUUACAAGAGCUUCUCCUUCCUGAGUAUCCUUAUCAGACAUAGGAGUGUCCACAAUGGGGAGAAAUUGUAGCAGUGUGGCUUGAGAUGUACACAGGGGAUAUCUGAGAACCAUUCUUUAGCUGACAUAUUAUAGUUAUCAUGUGAAGUGUCUUGUGGUAAGAGGGUUUUUUGGAUGACUAAAUCGCUCAGCAUCUGGGCAUGCUGUCUUUCUCACGUGAUACAGACUUGUUGUUUGGUGUGCUGGCAUAGCCAUAACACUGUCAUUUAAGUCUAACACUAUAUUCAUCCUUUGAAUUUGAUUUUGCCUAUGUUCUAUUCAUAACAAAUAUAAUGUCCCUCUUUUAUAUAACACCUUUAUAACACCCCCUACCCCCCAAAAUUAUUUGGCAUAAUCAGGAGGUAUCUGUACUAAAAAUAGAUGAUCAAAUCGGUUAAUGAGAAAAUAUGUUGUCUUUUUAUUUGCUUAAAAAUUUGACUUAGUUUCCUUGGCUUCCUUCGAACAAUUUGUCACAACAAUGAGCCAGAUAUUUCACUGGAUGUAUAAAUGUGAAGCAUCCGUUUGGCCUUACCACCCACCAAACAAAUAUGGUGAUGAGAGGAAGCCCAGUGGUUGGCAGUGAGAGAAAAUGAAGCGAGAUGGAUUUUGGCCGACAUUCUGUUCAUUUUCUAAUCAAUUAAACAUUUGAUCUCAAUACAGUUUUCUGCUUUCAAAACUAUAAUAUGUUAUGAACAGAGUGGAUUAAGUUUGGCAGACUUUACCCUUUCACCCCAAUUUUUUUUAAAUUGCUUUCUUUCUAAGGAGUUUAAGGGCGAAUUGAGUUAUUGCACACGCACACUUCACAGAGUAGGCGUUCCCUAAGGGAAAUCUGCAAAUCGUGUAUUCAUAAAGUAUUCAGACGCCUUGACUUUUUCCACAUUUUGUUAUGUUACAGCCUUGUAUUAAGAAAAAUCCCAUCAAUCUACACACAAUACCCCAUAAUGACAAAACCCCAAAAAGUUUUUUGAAAUGUUUUCUAAUUUACAACCUCGGAUAUGACGCUACAAGCUUGACACACUUGUAUUUGGGGAGUUUCUCCCAUUUUUCUCUGCAGAUCCUCUCAAGCUCUGUCAGGUGGAUGGGGAGAUCGCUGCACAGCUAUUUUCUGGUCUUUCCAGAUGUUCGAUCGGGUUCAAGUCCGGGCUCUAGCUGGUCCACUCAAGGACAUUCAGAGACUUGUCCCGAAGCCACUCCUGACUUGUCUUGGCUGUGUGCUUAGGGUCCUUGUCUGGUUGGAAGGUGAACCUUGGCCCCAGUCUGAGGUCCUGAGCGCUCUGGAACAGGUUUUCAUCAAGGAUGAAAUGGUCAGAGUUCUUUAGGUGCCUGUUGGCAAACUUCAAGCGGGCUAUCAUGUGUCUUUUACUGAGGAGUCGCUUACGUCUGGUCACUCUACCAUAAAGGUCUGAUUGGUGGAGUGCUGCAGAGAUGGUUGUCCUUCUGGAAGGUUCUCCAUCUCCACAGAGGAAUGUUGGAGUUCUAUCAGAGUAACCAUCGGGUUCUUUGUCACCUCCCUGACCAAUGAUUCCAUACUUCUUCAAUUUAAGAAUGAUAGAAGCCACUGUGUUCUUUGGGGACCUUCAAUGCUGCAGAAAUGUUAUGGUACCCUUCCCCAGAUCUGUGCCUCGUAACAAUCCUGUCUAGGAGCUCUACGGACAAUUCGGUAUUUCAGCCACACCCAUUGCUGACAGGUGUAUAAAAUCGAGCACACAGCCAUACAAUCUCUAUAGACAACCAUUGAGCUCAUUGACUUUCAACGUGACAACAUCAUAGGAUGUCAACUUUCAUCAAAUUUCUGCCCUGCUAGAGCUGCCCCGGUCAACUGUAUGUGCUGUUAUUGUGAAGUGGAAACCUCUAGGAGCAAGAACAGCUCAGAUGCGAAGUGGUAGGCCACACAGGCUCACAGACCGGACGAGUGCUGAAGUGCGUAAAAAUUGCCUGUCCUUGGUUGUAACACUUGCUUCCCGAGUUCAAAACUGCCUUUGGAAUCAACGUCAGCACAAGAACUGUUCUUCGGGAGCUUCAUGAAAUGUUUUUACAUGGCCGAGCAGCCGCACGCAAGCCUAAGAUCACCUUGCGCAAUGCCAGGCGUCGGCUGGAGUGGCGUAAAGCUCGCUGCCUUUAGACUCUGGAGCAGUGGAAUUGCGUUCUCUGGAGUGAUCUGGCAGUCAAUUGCUUCACCAUCUGGCAGUCCGACGGACUAAUCUGGGUUUGGCGGAUGCCAGGAGAAUGCUACCUGCCCGAAUACAUAAUGCCAAAUGUAAAGUUUUGUGGAGGAGGAGUAAUGGUCUGGGGCUGUUUUUUAUGGUUCUGGCUAGGCCCAGCAAACAAUGACAUUCAAAUAAAAAUAAAAAUUCACCUUUAUUUAACUAGGCAAGUCAGUUAAGACCAAAUUCUUAUUUACAAUGACUGUCUACCCUGGUCAAACCCGGACGAUGCUGAGCCAAUUGUGUGCCGCCCUAUGGGACUCCCAAUCACAGCCGGAUGUGACACAGCCUGGAUUCGAACCAGGGACUGUAGUGACACCUCUUGCACUGAGAUGCAGUGGCUUAGACCUCUGCGCCACUCAGGAGCCCAUUCUAGAAGAUUCUAUGCUUCCAACUUUGUGGCAACAGUUUGGUGAAGGCCCUUUCCUGUUUCAUCAUGACAAUGCCCCCGUGCACAAAGCGAGGUCCAUACAGAAAUGGUUUGUCAAGAUCGGUGUGGAAGAACUUGGCUGGCCUGCACAUAGCCCUGACCUCAACCCCAUCAUACACCUUUGGGAUGAAUUGGAAAGCUGACUGCGAGCCAGACCUAAUCGCCCAACAUCAGUGCCCUACCUCACUAAUGCUCUUGUGGCUGAAUGGAAGCAAAUGUUCCUGCAGCAAUGUUCCAACAUCUAGUGGAAAGCCUUCCGAGAAGAGUGUAGGCUGUUAUAGCAGCAAAGGGGGGACCAACUCCAUAUUAAUGCCCAUGAUUUUGGAAUGAGAUGUUCGACGAGCAGGUGUCCACACACUUUUGGUCAUAUAGUGUACAUGUGAAUCUGAAAUGGAAUGAGGUCGACCUGACUGCGAGGCAAGUGCUGGCUGAGGCUGCUGAGCAGCACACUGAAAUUAGUGGGGGAGGGGCACAAAUAGACAGCACAGAGCCGGCACAGUGCGUCCAAAUGACUGAUUGUUUAUCAAUAAAUUAUUGAGGGGGACGAAUCGACCCAUUCUGAAUAUUGUGGGUGACAUUAAUAUCUUCUACAUUAAUGUCGAUAAUACCAUGAUUAUGGAUAAUUAUGAAUGAAUCGUGAUUAAUGAUGAGUGAGUAAGUUACAGAGGCAUAAAUAUCAUACCCCCCCCCCAAAAUGCUAACCUCCCCUGUUAUUGGUAAUGUUGGGAAGAUACCAUGUCUUGGGGAUAUUUAUUAGGAUCCCCAUGACUCUUCCUGGGGUCCAAACAGGGUUAAAACAGUUACAGUACAGGUGUUUUGUCGUCUUUUUAAAAAAUCUGAUUUUACUUCUCUUCUGGCAUGAAUUCUACCACGUGUGGCGUUCAAACGUUGCUCAAUUCAUAUCAAGGGACCUAACGUGUACCAGGAAAACAUUCCCCACACCAUAAUACCAGCCUGUACUGUUGACACCAGGCAGGAUGGGGCCAUGGACCCAUGCUGCUUAACGGCACAUCUGGACUCUGCCAUCAGCAUGACGCAACAAGAACCGGGAUUCUGCUGCAAUAGCCCAUCCGUGACAAGGACCAAAUAGUUGUGCAUUCUGAGAUGCCGUUCUGCGCCGGUAUUUACCUGUUUGUGGCCCACCUGUUAGCUUGCACGAUUCUUGCCAUUCUCCUUCGACCUCUCUCAUCAACGAGCUAUUUUCGCCCACAGGACUGCCGCUGACUGGAUGUUUUUUGUUUGUCGCACUAUUCUCGGUAAACCCUAGACACUCUUAUGCAUUAUAAGCCCAAGAGACCAGCCGUUUCUGAGAUACUGGAAGCGGCACGCCUGGCACCGACGAUCAUACCACGCUCAAAGUCGCUUAGGUCACUCCUUUUGCCCAUACUAACGUUCAAUCGAACAGUAAUUGAAUACCUCAAUGCCUGUCUGCCUGCUUUAUAUAGCAAGCCAUGGCCACGUGACUCACUGUCUGUAGAAGCAAACCAUUUUUGCGAACAGAGUAUUGUACCAAAUAAACUGGCCAUUUAGUGUAUUUAGUGCCAUCUUAUUGCUUGCCAUCCAUUCUAAAACUGACUGCAGCUCUUUGUUAAGUGUAGUAGGGAUUUCACUUGCUGUGGUAGGUGAUGUAUAAUAAUGUUGAAUCAUCAGCAUACAUAGACACAGGCUUUACUCAAUGCUAGUGGUAGGUCAUUUGUAAAAAUAGAAAAAAGUAUGGGGCCAAGACGGCUACCUUGAGGUAUGCCAAGCUCUACCUGGUUUAAGUUUAGAGAGGCUUCCAUUGUCUGUGUUCUGUUAGAUAGGUAACUCUAAAUCAACGAUAUCGCAUAGGAUGUAAAGCCAUAACACAUUUUUUCUCCAGCACACUAUGAUCAAUAAAGUCAAAAGCUGCUCUGAAUUCUAACCAAAAAUCUUUUUUCAAUUUCUUUCAGCCAAUCAUCAGUCAUUUGUGUUAGUGCCGUACAUGUUGCGUGCCCUUCCCUAUAAGCGUGCUGAAAGUCAGAUGUCAAUUUGUUUACUGUAACAUAGCAUUGUAUCUGGUGAAACACAAUUUCUUCCAGAAGUUCACUAACGGUCGGUAGUAGGCUGAUUGGUCGGCUGUUUGAACCAGUAAAGGGUGUUUUGCUAUUCUUGGGUAACGGUAUGACUUUUGCUUCCCUCCAGUCGUGAGGGCACACACUUUCUUGUAGGCUUAGAUUGAAGACAUGGCAAAUAGGAGUGGCAAUAUACUGUAGUCCGCUACCAUCCUAAAUCAUUUUCUAUCCAAGUUGUCAGUGCUAAGUUGUUUGUCAUUAUAGAUAGAUAACACUACCUUUUCCCCUCUUCCACACUCACAAUAGGGAAUUCAAAGUUACAAUGUUUGUCUUUCAUAAUUUGGUCAGUUAUGCAUUUUAUUUAUUUUAUUUAUUUCACCUUUAUUUAACCAGGUAGGCAAAUUGAGAACACGUUCUCAUUUACAAUUGCGACCUGGCCAAGAUAAAGCAAAGCAGUUCGACACAUACAACAACACAUAGUUACACAUGGAGUAAAACAAACAUACAGUCAAUAAUACAGUGAAAAAUAAGUCUAUAUACAAUAUGAGCAAGUGAGGUGAGAUAAGGGAGGUGAAGGCAAACAAAAUAUAUAUAUAAAUAAAUAAAAAUAUAAAAAGGCCAUGGUGGCGAAGUAAAUACAAUAUAGCAAGUAAAAAAUAACACUGGAAUGGUUGGUUUGCAGUGAAUGAAGGUGCAAAGUAGAGAUAGAAAUAAUGGGGUGCAAAGGAGCAAAAUAAAUAAAUACAGUAGGUAAAGAGGUAGUUGUUUGGGCUAAAUUAUAGAUGGGCUAUGUACAGGUGCAGUAAUCUAUGAGCUGCUCUGACAGCUGGUGCUUAAAGCUAGUGAGGGAGAUAAGUGUUUCCAGUUUCAGAGAUUUUUGUAGUUCGUUCCAGUCAUUGGCAGCAGAGAACUGGAAGGAGAGGCGGCCAAAGGAAGAAUUGUUUUUGGGGGUGACCAGAGAGAUAUACCAGCUGGAGCGCGUGCUACGGGUGGGCGUUGCUAUGGUGACCAGCGAGCUGAGAUAAGGGGGGACUUUACCUAGCAGGGUCUUGUAGAUGACCUGGAGCCAGUGGGUUUGGCGACGAGUGUGAAGCGAGGGCCAGCCAACGAGAGCAUACAGGUCGCAGUGGUGGGUAGUAUAUGGGGCUUUGGUGACAAAACGGAUGGCACUGUGAUAGACUGCAUCCAAUUUAUUGAGUAGGGUUUUGGAGGCUAUUUUGUAAAUGACAUCACCGAAGUCGAGGAUUGGUAGGAUGGUCAGUUUUACAAGGGUAUGUUUGGCAGCAUGAGUGAAGGAUGCUUUGUUGCGGAAUAGGAAGCCGAUUCUAGAUUUAACUUUGGAUUGGAGAUGCUUGAUGUGAGUCUGGAAGGAGAGUUUACAGUCUAACCAGACACCUAGGUAUUUGUAGUUGUCCACAUAUUCUAAGUCAGAGCCGUCCAGAGUAGUGAUGCUGGACAGGCGGGCAGGUGCAGGCAGCGAUCGGUUGAAGAGCAUGCAUUUAGUUUUACUUGUAUUUAAGAGCAAUUGGAGGCCACGGAAGGAGAGUUGUAUGGCAUUGAAGCUCGCCUGGAGGGUUGUUAACACAGUGUCAAGAAAAGGGCCAGAAGUAUACAGAAUAGUGUUGUCUGCGUAGAGGUGGAUCAGAGACUCACCAGCAGCAAGAGCGACAUCAUUGAUGUAUACAGAGAAGAGAGUCGGUCCAAGAAUUGAACCCUGUGGCACCCCCAUAGAGACUGCCAGAGGUCCGGACAACAGACCCUCCGAUUUGACACACUGAACUCGAUCAGAGAAGUAGUUGGUGAACCAGGCGAGGCAAUCAUUAGAGAAACCAAGGCUGUCGAGUCUGCCGAUGAGGAUGUGGUGAUUGACAGAGUCAAAAGCCUUGGCCAGGUCAAUGAAUAUGGCUGCACAGUACUGUUUCCUAUCGAUAGCGGUUAAGAUAUCGUUUAUGACCUUGAGCGUGGCUGAGGUGCACCCAUGACCAGCUCUGAAACCAGAUUGCAUAGCGGAGAAGGUAUGGUGGGAUUCGAGAUGGUCGGUAAUCUGUUUGUUGACUUGGCUUUCGAAGACCUUAGAAAGGCAGGGUAGGAUAGAUAUAGGUCUGUAGCAGUUUGGGUCUAGAGUGUCUCCCCCUUUGAAGAGGGGGAUAACCGCAGCUGCUUUCCAAUCUUUGGGAAUCUCAGACGACACGAAAGAGAGGUUGAAAAGGCUGGUAAUAGGGGUGGGAACAAUUUCAGCAGAUAGUUUUAGAAAGAAAGGGUCCAGAUUAUCUAGCCCGGCUGAUUUGUAAGGGUCCAGAUUUUGCAGCUCUUUCAGAACAUCAGCUGACUGUAUUUGGGAGAAAGAGAAAUGGGGAAGGCUUGGGCGAGUAGCAGAGGGGAGGGCAGUGCUGUUGACCGGGGUAGGGGUAGCCAGGUGGAAAGCAUGGCCAGCCGUAGAAAAAUGCUUAUUGAAAUUCUCAAUUAUAAUGGAUUUGUCGUUGGUGACAGUAUUUCCUAUCUUCAGUGCAGUUGGAAGCUGGGAGGAGGUGUUCUUAUUCUCCAUGGACUUUACAGUGUCCCAGAACUUUUUUGAGUUUGUGUUGCAGGAAGCAAAUUUCUGCUUGAAAAAGCUAGCCUUGGCUUUUCUAACUGCCUGUGUAUACUGGUUUCUAGCUUCCCUGGAAAGUUGCAUAUCACGGGGGCUGUUCGAUGCUAAUGCAGAACGCCAUAGGAUGUUUUUCUGUUGGUUAAGGGCAGUCAGGUCAGGAGAGAACCAAGGGCUAUAUCUGUUCCUGGUUCUAAAUUUCUUGAAUGGGGCAUGCUUAUUCAAGAUGGUGAGGAAGGCAUUUUUUUUAAAUAUCCAGGCAUCCUCUACUGACGGGAUGUGAUCAAUAUCCUUCCAGGAUACCUCGGCCAGGUCGAUUAGAAAGGCCUGCUCGCUGAAGUGUUUCAGGGAGCGUUUGACAGUGAUGAGUGGAGGUCGUUUGAUCGCUGACCCAUUACGGAUACAGGCAAUGAGGCAGUGAUCGCUGAGAUCUUGGUUGAAAACAGCAGAGGUGUAUUUGGAGGGCAAGUUGGUUAGGAUGAUGUCUAUGAGGGUACCCGUGUUUACGGAAUUGGGGUGAUACCUGGUAGGUUCAUUGAUAAUUUGUGUGAGAUUGAGGGCAUCAAGCUUAGAUUGUAGGAUGGCUGGGGUGUUAAGCAUGUUCCAAUUUAGAUCGCCUAGCAGCACAAGCUCUGAAGAUAGAUGGGAGGCAAUCAGUUCACAUAUGGUGUCCAGAGCACAGCUGGGGGCAGAGGGUGGUCUAUAGCAGGCGGCAACAGUGAGAGACUUGUUUUUAGAGAGGUGGAUUUUUAAAAGUAGGAGUUCAAAUUGUUUCGGGACAGACCUGGAUAGUAAAACAGAACUCUGCAGGCAAUCCUUGCAGUAGAUUGCAACACCGCCCCCUUUGGCCGUUCUAUCUUGUCUGAAAAUCUUGUAGUUAGGGAUGAAAAUGUCAGAAUGUUUGGUGGUCUUCCUAAGCCAGGAUUCAGAUACGGCUAAAACCUAGGUAUGAAGGUUCAGAGUUUGUUGUUGUUAUGCGUAAAUUUGUUAAUCUUGCCAAUGAAGUAGUGAAGUAGUAGUAGUUGGCAAUAUCAGAGAGUUUUGUGACGAAUGAGCCGUCUGAUUCAAUGAAAGAUGGAGCCGAGUUCGUCUUUUUGCCCAAAAUGUAAUUUAAGGUGCUCCAAAGCUUUUUACUAUCAUCCUUUAUAUCAUUUAUCUUUGUUUCAUAGUACAGUUUCUUAUUUUUGUUUAGAUUAGAUACAUGAUUUCUCAAUUUAGAGUUCGUUUGACAAUCGGCUGUGCAGCCAGACUUAUUUGCCAUUCCUUUUGCCUUGUCCUCAACCAUACAAUUUUUUUUUAUUCCUCAUCAAUCCACGGGGAAUUAGACGUUUUUACAGUCAGUUUCUUAAUGGGUGCAUGUUUAUUAGUAACUGGAAAAAGCAAUUUCAUAAAUGUUUCUCCUCAUUACACACAACAGACCAGCAAAUAUUAUUUAUAUCUUCAAAAUAGGACUCCCUACACAACCUCUUGUAUGAUCUCUCAUACACAAUUUUAGGCCCAGCCUUUGGAACUUUGGUUUCUGUAGAUAUGGCCACUAUAUUAUGAUCACUUUAUCCGAUGGGUGUGGAUACUGCUUUAGGGCAGAUUUCUGCAGCAUUAGUAAAGAUGUGACCAACACACGUGGAUGAUUUAUUUCCUGUGCUGUUUGUCUGUAGGUUGAAUGAUUACCUGAACCAGAUUGCAAGCACUGCUUACAGUUGGAAGAUGUUUCUUGAGUGGACAGCUGGAUGAAAACCAGUCAAUAUUUAGGUCACUCAGAAAAUAUACCUCUCUGUUAAUAUCACAUACACCAUUGAGCAUUUCACACAUUUUAUUCAGAUACUUAUUGUUAGCACUCGGUGGUCUACAGCAACUUCUCUUUGUGCCUCUGUAGCUUUCUCACUUAUUAUUCACGAUUCAUUCAUAAUUAUCCACAAUCAUGGUAGCAUUUAUAUUAAUGUAGCAGUGUUCAGAAACAUAUUCUAUUCUUAAUUACAAUAAAAGUUACUUCAAAAUGA